UUGAAAUUUUAUAUAUUGAGACUAGAGUAGCAGAAGGCAGUUAUAUCGUCUCUCCAACAGCAACACACGCUCAAUCAUGGCAAGCAUUUGCGUAUGCGCGAGAUUCAGGCCUCUAAAUUCAAGAGAGGAUGGGGAAGCUAUAUGCAUUACACGCUCCGAUUCUCAAAGUUUUUCUAUCAAGGAUGAGAAAGAUGAACAAUAUAUGUUCAGCUUUGAUAAGGUGUUCUAUGAAGAUUCUGAACAAGCUGACGUCUACGAAUUUUUGGCUGGUCCUAUCGUUAGAGAUGCUGUUAAUUCAAUUAAUGGCACAAUCAUCACAUAUGGACAGACAGGAGCAGGGAAGACUUUUACUAUGGAGGGAGCCAACAUUUUGGAAGCUGACAACCUUAAGAAGGGACUACUACCAAGAGUGGUAGAUGAACUCUUUGAUGCUAUAAACGGUUGUGGUGAAGCAACUGCUUACAAGAUCAAACUUUCGAUGGUGGAAAUUUAUAUGGAGAGAGUUAGAGACCUUUUUGAUUUAUCCAAGGACAACAUACAGAUUAAAGAGCAUAAAUCACAUGGGAUAUUGUUGUCUGGAGCAACAGAAAUCCCUAUACUAGAUGGCGAAGAAGCAUUAAAAGUCUUAUGUGGUGGGAUAGCUAACAGAGCUGUUGGAGAGACUCAAAUGAAUGCGGGAAGCAGUAGAAGUCAUUGCAUCUACAUGUUUACUAUUCAGAAAGAUGUAACAAAUGAGAAAAGGGUGAGCAGUGGAAAGGUUGUUCUUGUGGAUUUAGCAGGAUCUGAGAAGGUUGAGAAGACAGGUGCUGAAGGAAAAGUUCUAGAAGAAGCCAAAACCAUUAACAAAUCACUUUCUGCACUUGGAAAUGUGAUCAGUGCUUUGACUUCUAGUCAACAUGCCAAAUCAUUACACAUCCCUUUUCGUGAUUCAAAGCUCACUCGCCUCCUACAAGAUGCUCUUGGAGGAAGCUCCCAGACUGCAUUGCUUUGCUGUUGCUCACCAAGUCUAUCUAAUUCAUCAGAGAGUGUAUCCACUCUAAGGUUUGGAGCAAGGGCAAAGCAUAUAAAGGCAUCAUCAUCACGGGUGCUGAAUAUCAACAGCAAGGAAGACAUUGACAGGAAGCAGCAGGAGAUAUCUGCUCUGAAUGAUGUGAAGCAGCAAAUAGCUGAGAGAAUCUUAAAAAAGUUAAGAGAGAAGUUGGAUGCUGAAACAGUGAAUUUGAUAGGAGAGGAGUUUGUGAUGGAGGGACUUCUUCUAUCUGAUCCCACUACUUCUGGUUCAAUGAUAACUGAUGAGGAGGAGUUGAAUUCAAGCCAUGAAUCUGUUAUCACUUCCCAAACAAUAGCCUCAUGGAAGGAAGCAACACAGAAGCUUGUCAACACUAUUCUUGAGUUAAGGAGGGAGAAUGUGAUUAUGAAAGAAGAGUGGCAAGUGAUGAAGGAGGAGAACAAGGUAAUGAGGCAAGUGAGGAAGAGGAUCAAGGCCAAACUAGCACAAACUAAGAAGCUUUAUUUGGUCAUGGGAAUUGGCUUUGGUGUUUUAGCUUCAUCAUGUUUCUCUUUUGUGCUUCUAGUCUCCUCUUGAAAUUCAUUCAUGUUACAUAAAUCAAACAACACUUGGGAGAAUAUUCAACUUUGAUCUUACCACAACUAUAUGGUAUCACUGAAUAAAUGUAA